UUUGAACAGAUAGAUUUGGAGUAUGGAGUAUUUAUUGUGCUCCGUUAACGUUCAUAUAUAUGUAAUUUGCGAUUAAUUUUGCUUUUGAUUUUUUUGUAUUUAUAUUUUAGUCAAGACAGCAGCAAGUAAUGAUAUUUUACAUAGCACACUAAUCCAGUGGCCUGAAUUUGCAGUUACAAGUCAUGCAGACAAAAACAUGACAAGGGAGAGGAAGCUCUGUAACUCGAUACUUUGUGGUGUUUGCAGAAAGAUCAUAGAGCAGCGCCUUAUCAGUUACGGAACUAACACUGAUCGCUUACUUUCCUUUUAGCUUCUGCGCCUGCGUUUUGAUGCCUCCCUGCACCUUAUAAAGGUGACAGAAAGGGAAAAAUCGCGAGAGAAGACCUUCCCCCGUGAUCCUUUGGCCAUCGACUUGAAGACUCCAGUGCAUGCUGGACAUUUCAAACAGCAGGGCUUUAUCCAGAUUUAGUAUAAAUGAACUGAGAAGUACAGUGGCAUAGAAAACAAGAUUCUAUGACUUCAAGUAACAUCAAACUAUGGCAUAUGCAAACUAAGACAACACUGCUUUAUAUUCUUGAUAAAGCAAGUUUAUAAAAAAGAUGAAGACUCAAAGACAGACAAUUAUUCUGUGAAAAUGACAUUCAACGCAUUGAAAAGUAUAAUACCUGGAAUUCCUAAAAUGCGCAUUUCAGUGCUGUUGAGAAGUCCUUACCUCCACUUUCCUUUAUUCUUUUUUAUAACUUUCUCCUUGGCUUUCUAUUAUUUUCGUGGCCUUCUCUUUUCCCCCUUAUUUUCCCGUUCUCUUUACCUUAAACAGAUGAGUCAUGAAUUCCUCUCACAGAACAUGCAACAAGGUGCUGAUGCUCUGGAAUACUUCCACCAGUCAUUUUCGCAAAUUGAAAAUAAGGCAUUAUACAAUGCCACUUUUCCAUGUACCAAAACACCAGUAGCUCCCAUCCUUCCAUCUGUCCCCAGUGGGCGCACCCUUCUUGUAGUCACCAUCAUAACAACACGGCGCCAGGCUGAGUACCAUUACCUUCUGCAGGUUGCACAUAGCUUUCUUAAGCAAAUUUCAGAGUGUGGCCCUAAUUGUUAUGAUGUUCGACUUUUAAUUUGCAAUGUAGACCUUUAUCCAGCUUCACAUGAAGAUGCUUGCCUUCUUUCUCAGCUCCUGUCUUCUGUGGAACGCCAUGUUGAGGGUCAAGAAGAUGAUUCCCCUAAUAUCUUUGAGCGUGAGAAGCAGGAUUAUGCUUUCUGUCUGUCAAGUACACUGGAGGUUUUUAAUCCAGAAUAUGUUCUGCUUAUUGAAGAUGAUGCAGUAGCAGAGGCAGAAAUAUUUAGUGCCUUUUUUGAACUAGUGCAUGUGCGAUUUUCUCAGGAACCUUUAGGGGGUGGCCUUUAUACUAAAUUAUAUCACCCAGAACGCUUGCAGGGCUAUCUGAACCCAGAGCCCAUGCGCAUUCUUGAGUGGUUUGGACUGGGUUCACUUACAGGGCUUGCACUGAAUUUCGGAUAUACACUGCUAUUUUACCAAUUGAGGUUUAGCUGGCGUCAGUUUAUAGCAUUAGCUCUUUAUUCAAUGUUGAUGGCAGAACUGUUUGGACGUCAUUACAUUCUAGAACUAAGGCGAAUUUUACCAGCCCUGUACAAUGUGGUACCUGCAACUGAGUGCUGUACUCCUGCCAUGCUGUUUUCUGAAUCAUCUGCCCGUAGGACUUUGGUGUACUUGGAUGAAUUAACUUGCAAAGCUGGAUAUGCCAAGGAUACAGCAUUAUACAGGGAGCUGGGAAGGAGGGGUGAAAGGGCAUGGGCCCUUGAACCUAAUAUGGUAAAGCAUGUUGGGUUGUUUUCCACACUCAGGGGGUCAUUUGAUAAUACAGAGCCACAGCUGUUGUGAUUGACAUUUAUUGCACUAAACAAAGCUUUUUAGAAUUAUCUUGCAAGCCUCUCUGCUUUUUAAAAUUACCCGUUUCAUAGCUUAUUAAACAUGUCUUAUCUGGUCACA